CUGCCGAUCCAUCUAUCUACUACACAACUAUCACGAAACGCCAAACAAUAAUUAGUCGGCGUGCGGUCUGUCACGACUCAGCUUCGCCUGAAAUAGCAACCCUCACAACCAAUUGACCAAAACCAACCCCCUCCCUCGGCGGCAGUCACCAACCAUGUCCGCCGCCGCCGCAACCACGGCUCCCCUCCCAAACGGCAACCCCGCGCCCGGCGGGCAGAAUAACGCGUCGGCAGCACCACCAUCCACGGCCGCAACCUCUCAAUCCCAAUCCCAAUCCCAAUCCCAAUCCCAAUCCCAACCAGCCACCCAACCAUCAGCGGGUGCCUCGCAAGCACCAGCAACGACCACCACAGCCCCAGCAACAACAUCAACAGCAGUAACAACCACAAACCCCAACACCCUCUCCACCGCCGCCGCCGCCGCCGCCUCCUCAGUAGCCUCCAACCCCCGCCCCCGCGACGCCCGCACAAUCGAGCUCCUCCUAACCGCUCAGGGCGUAACAGCCUUCGAACAACGCGUCCCGCUUUUGUUGCUUGACUUCGCCUACCGACACACCUCCGCCGUUCUCUCCGACGCCCUACACCUCUCCGCGGACCCUUACACCUCUCACGCUGGCGCUCGGCCCUCCGCCUCGUCGGGCGCGGCGCCCGUCAACGUGGGCGACGCGACUAUUACAAGUAAUGCGGUGCAGCUGGCGAUUGCCAGCCGGCUGAACUUCCAGUUCCGUGGCGGAAGCGGGGGUGGGAGUGGCGGUGGUGUUUCGAAGGAGUGGAUGAUGGAGAUGGCGCGCGAGAAAAAUAAGGUGGCGUUGCCGAAGGUUAGUGCUAAUGAGUGGGGGGUUAGACUGCCGAGCGAGAGGUUUGUGUUGAAUGGGGUUAGUUGGGGGUUGAAAGGGGAUGGGUGGAUUGCUGGCGGGGAUGAGACGAGUGGGGAUGAGGAGGAGGAUAGUGACGAGGAUAUGGAGGAUGCGAUGGGCAUCAACAAGAAGGGAGAAAAUGGGGAUGCGAUGGAGGGGAUAGAGAAGGAGGAUAUUGGUGGGGAUGGGGUGGAGGGUGGCACGGUGGAUGACUUGUUUGGGGAGGAUGGUGAUGAUAAUGAGGAGAUGGAGGAUGUGGAUAUGUUCGCUUGAAAGGAGUAUAUCCUCUUUUCGGCGGCUUCGAUAUCGUCGGUUUCUGUUUAAGGGCCAUUUACAGUUCAUCUUCAGGGGCACAAGUGUCCUGUCUGGCGGUUGACCGGGUGUGUUUUCGCGGUGUCAUGGCGUUUAGGAGUAGGGAGCCGAAAAGGUGAUAGUAUCCAAAGAGUGAGCUCAGCUUUACACCACACAGUUAAUGAAUUCUAUACAUACCAUUAUCCUUUGCAUAUGGAGGCAAAAGGCAGAACGUGAAUAGACUUUCCAGUAUUAUUCCUG